UUACAGAAAUACUCACCAAGAUGAUCAGAUAUAACGACAGCCGCCGAUCGUCUUGGCUUCAGUAGCGCUCGAGCCCCGCGAAGUUUCGUCGCUGAAGAAUCGCAACGCUCUUUCGUCCCUUGAAGCCCUUCUUCUCUUCUCCCUCUCUCUCUCUCUCUCUCUCUCUCUCUUCUCGAUCUUCGAACAAUUAGGGUUAGGUUUAGGGUUAGGGUUAGGGUUAGGGUUCAGAUUCCUCGGCCGCCGGCCAAGAAUCCCUAAAUCCAAACUCUUCAAGCCGUGGAAAUGGCAGAGUUCGCGGCCGACCCGGGAGGCCUUGUCAACGACAACCGCCGCCUGGCGCAGCAGCGGCUUCCGAACGCUUCUCAGUCGAAGUUAAUCUGUGAGACCGUCAAUGGUUCCCAUCACUACACGAUCAAGGGAUACUCUUUGGCGAAGGGGAUGGGGCCUGGGAAGUAUAUGACUAGUGAUACGUUCUCCGUUGGGGGAUACGAGUGGGCUGUGUACUUCUACCCUGAUGGCAAGAACCCGGAGGAUAAUUCGCUGUAUGUGUCGGUGUUCAUUGCGCUGGCUAGUGAUGGUGCUGAUGUUAGAGCUCUGUUUGAGCUCACCCUGCUGGAUCAGAGUGGGAAGGGGAAGCACAAGGUGCACAGCCACUUUGAUCGGGCACCGGAGAGCGUUCCUUAUACUCUUAAGUAUCGGGGCAGCAUGUGGGGCUAUAAGAGAUUUUACCGAAGAACAUCUCUAGAAGCAUCUGAUUUUCUGAAGGAUGAUUGUCUAGUCAUGCGCUGCACAGUGGGAGUUGUUAGAACUCGCGUUGAAUCUUCUAGCCAGUCAGCAAUUUCUGUACCACCUUCAGAUAUGGGUCGUUGCCUCAAGGAAAUGCUUGAGUCUAGAAUGGGCUCUGAUAUUGUAUUUAUAGUUGGAGACGAGACUUUCCAUGCUCACAAGUUGGUACUUGCUGCAAGAUCCCCUGUUUUUCAUGCACAAUUCUUUGGUCCUAUUGGAAAUAGGGACACUGAUAAAGUUGUGUUACAGGAUAUCGAGUCUUCGGUUUUCAAGGCCAUGCUUCUGUAUAUUUACUCUGAUGCUCUACCUGAUAUUCAUGAACUCACUGGAUCAGUCUCAAUGAGUACAUCCACCAUUGUAGUACAACAUUUAUUGGCUGCAGCUGAUCGGUUUGGGUUGGACCGGCUAAAACAAAUAUGUGAAGCGAAAUUAUGUGAAGAAGUAACUGCUGACACAGUAGCGACAACCUUGGCACUGGCAGAACAGCACCAUUGUGCACAACUGAAGUCUGCCUGUCUAAAAUUCACAGCAUUGCAAGAAAACUUGGGAGUUGUAAUGCAGACCGAAGGGUUUGAUUAUUUGAAGGAGACUUGCCCGUCAGUUCUCUCAGACCUAUUGGAGACAAUUGCUGUCGUUGAGGAUGACAACCGUCCGAGUUCCAGGAAGAGAGGCGGUAGCAGUGUCAUAGGACUUAAUCUCAUGGAUGGUGUCGACAUUCAUGGGAGGCGUACUCGAAAACAUCUGUAGAUACUGAUGACCAAAACUUCCUAGUCCCAUAAUUAUUCAUAGCAUCCGUCUACGCAGAUUUGUAUAUCAACUUUUGAAUUUUUGUGGUUUUCUCUUUAGUAAAUCUAAUUGUUGUGGCUUCUCAUACUCACACCUGAUCAUGCUUUUGAAUAUUAUAUGUUUGUAGUGCUGCCAUACA